GCUGCCUCUGGCCGGGGCUCAGCGGGCGGCUUUCUGGGACAGCCAUUUCUGAUUCAAGCCGGUGCUAAGGCGGCUGUCUGAGGGCAGAGCGCAGCCACUCCACCUCCGCUCAGCACCGGACGGCAGCGGCAUGGCGCUCCGGGGAGCCUGCCUGCUCCUCUGCCUCCUCUCCCUCGCCCAGGUCUCUGGCCAGCAAAAUGCCAAAGUCCGGCAGAAGCCGGCAGCUUCCAAGAAAGAUGGUGUGAGCCUCAAAAUGAUUGAAGACCUGAAGGCCAUGAUUGACAACAUCUCUCAGGAGGUUGCUCUGCUGAAGGAAAAACAAGCACUCCAGACAGUUUGCCUGAAAGGCACCAAAAUUCACCUAAAAUGCUUUCUUGCGUUUUCGGAGACCAAGACGUACCACGAGGCCAGUGAAAACUGCAUCUCGCAGGGUGGCACACUCAGCACCCCCCAGACCGGGGAGGAGAACGAUGCCCUCUAUGACUACAUGCGCAAGAGCAUCGGCUCCGAGGCGGAGAUCUGGCUGGGCCUCAACGACAUGGCAGCAGAGGGCAAGUGGGUCGACAUGACGGGUGGCCCCAUCCGCUACAAGAACUGGGAGACUGAAAUCACCACCCAGCCCGACGGUGGCAAGCUGGAAAACUGCGCAGCCUUGUCAGGGGCUGCUGUCGGCAAAUGGUUCGACAAGAGAUGCAAAGACCAGCUGCCCUACGUCUGCCAGUUCAUGAUCGUGUAGCGGUGGGGGGCUCUUCCCUGCCCAACCACAACCUGGGUCUUCCCCUUUUGACAGCAGGAUUAUAAAGCUAUAGGUAUGUGUACGUGUACAUGUACGUAUGCACGCAUGUGCGCACAUGUUCAAGUAGAGUCACUCUUUGCAAAGAAAGUCGUCAUGGCUCGGUAUUGGAUUAGAAAGCGUUAGAGCAUUCUGUAUGGCCACAUCCAGUCCCAUUAGCAGCUGCAUCGUUCUUACUAAAGCACAAUUUAUAGAUAUAUUUUUUUACACAGGGAAUUUAUUAGGAUGGCUUGGUUGUUUUUGCAAAGAACCAGUGCAGCAGUCCAGCCUGGCAAACAGCCACCUCAGCUGCCCGGGGCUGUCUUUCUGCAAUGUCCUUUCCCAUCUUGCUGAGCUUCCUUGGGACACCAGCAUAGCUAGUUCCUGCUUUCUUCUGUUUUGCUUCCUCGUAAGCCCUGAUAGUGAGGUAGAAGGGAUUGAGCUUCUCAUCCCUCACAGCGCCCCGAUUCAGGCUCCUGGGGAUCGAGGUCCUGUCUCGACGAGCAGAGAGAGUCACUCCUGCUUUGCGUUGAGACAUACAGUUGGGCUUGCUGGCUGAGUACCAGCUGGUCAACAGGUUGUCCGACUCAUCCAACCACAUGCACGAAUGAACUAGCAAGUAACAGUCAUGGGUUGACUUACUGAGAAGGAGGACGUCCUUUCCAGAAGCAUUCCUCAUUUUGUUGGUCCUUUUCUCAUCAAAUCAGAAGCCAGUUUCACUGAUUUCAGUGGGAGAGCUAGACCCACUGCCAAAUCUUUAACAACAACAACAACAACAAAAAAAAAAAACAAAAAAAAAAAAAAAAAAAAAAAUCCCAUCAGAAGCUUUAUUUAUGCUCCAGCAUCCUGGGGGAAGCAGUGAUGACUUACAGCAUAGUCAGUCAAAUGUAUUCUUGGAGACAGAAGAUGAAAGUAUUAGGUAAAUAAACAGAAAUUUAAUGCUAUUAGGGAUAAAAGACAAGCCCAUUGAAAACAAACCCCAAGAAGACUCACUCUGGCAGCUUUAGGAAUCAUACAACCUGUUUAAGUGGUGGAAACCCAGCUGAAAUACUCCAGCCUUUGUUGGUCCAGGCACAGUUCUCAGCAAACGUAAAUCUGCCGAGUACUGUUUGUGCCAAUAAAGUCAUGCCCAUCUGAAGGUCUGGUAAUUUUUUGCUGAGAAAAGGGUUAAAGAAAAAAAUAAAUUCAAAUAAACAGCAAUGAUGGGAAAGAAGUGCAGGCCACCCCAACAGCUUAACGAAGCUUUGCUGGCUGUUGGCUGAAAGGUUAUCAGCGGUUCUUUGCAGUUCAGAGCUUGGUAAUAACCCCUCGAGUCUGGGUCACGUCCCCUGCACUGCCAGGUUGGGUGUGUCAAGACAUAAUGAUCUUGGGGAGCCCACGGGAGAGGUAUUUCAAUUUGCUCGUUUGUUUAAAAAAACAGCUCGAUGGUGGGUCUUCCAAGAUGUCAAGUGGGAGAGCCAAGCUGGAGGGAUUGAAACACACACACACACAAAUGCAGAGUGCACACUUCCGAGGCUGUCACUAUUGCCAAACUCUCUGCUGUUCAAAUGACUAUAAAAUAAAAAUACAUAUAGCUUGCUGAAGGAAUGGA